CUCCCCGCCAGAGCGGCGAGCACAGGGCGCCUGGGCUGCUAAAUGCUGCUCCCUCAAAGGGACGAUGGUGGAGGGCUGGUAAAGAUGGCGGCGCUCUCCGAGGAUGGGAGGUAUGGAUUAAAUUGUGGCCAACAGACCGCAGAUAGAGUCACCGUAUUACACGUCAAAUUGACCGAGACGGCGCUGAGAGCCAUAGAGAGCCACCAAAAUUGUAUGAAUGUACCUUCACAGCCAACAAUACAAUUCAAGGGACUCCAAGGGCGCAUUAAAAUUCCCAAGAACGAUUCCUCCUCAGACACCUUCCACAAUUUUGAUUUUUACCUGUCUAAUGUGGGCAAGGACAACCCUCAGGGAAGCUUUGAGUGCAUCCAGCAGUAUGUGGCGAGCUCAGGGGCCUCACACCUGGCAUUGUUGGGGACGGUACAGGACAAGGUCACAGUGUGUGCCACUAAUGACUCCUACCAGGUGACCCGGGAACGCAUGACCCAGGCUGCUGAGGACACACGUGAACGUGGGACCAAAGUCAUCAAGCCUGGAGGCCGGUACAGAGGAAAGCAAGUCCAUAUGCGCAAGCCGGGGCUAUCAGGCCAAGAUGUGGUUCCAGAGCGCAAGCGCUCCACCCCCAUCAACCCAGCCAACACUAUUCGCAAGUGCCUUUCCAAUAACCCUGUGUCCCAGCGCUCCUGCAGGGAUCGCAUCAUCCACCUGCUGGCGCUCAGGUCCUACAAGAAGCUGGAGGUGCUUGCCCGUUUGCAGCGGGACGGUAUCAACCAGAAGGACCGAAGCUCACUGGGGACCACCCUGCAACAGGUGGCAAACCUAAACCCCAAAGACAACACAUACUCAUUGAAGGACUUUAUGUAUCGUGACGUCCAUCGGGACUGGCCGGGUUACUCUGAAGAUGAGAAGACACAGGUUGACCGGAACGUGGCUCGCAAAUUAGGUCUUCCUACUGAGACCCUCCCAUCCAGCAGUUCUCCCAAAGAGGGCGUACCCACAUCCCCCCAGAAACGCCAGGCAGACUUUGACUUUAUUGAUCCUUUGGCCCCCAAGAAAGCCCGUAUCUCCCACCUCAGCAAUCGAGGGCCAGCCGCGUCCUCCACCUCCUCUGACCGCCGCGAGGAGGAGGGCAGCCCCAGCUCCAAGCGCUCGUCCCUCCCCGCCAACGUCACCUCGGGCCCUCCUCCCCAUCUCCCGCUCCCGUCCCACCCCCCCGCUCCUUCUCACCAGCAGCCCAGCCCCGCCUCAAACUCCAACUCACCCAGCACCCCGGAAGGCUGCGGCACCCAGGACCUGCCUAUCGGCCAGAGCUCCUCCUGCAGAGACCCCUCCCCCAGCCCUUUCUCCUCCGACAGGACCCUGCAGGAGCACUAUCCGCACCCUGUCCCCGUGGCCAGACCGACCACCCCUCCUAGUCCCCCCCGUCCUCCUCCGGCACUUCCUUGCACCUCCCUUACAGUUACUUCCACUGUCAUCACCAGCCCUCCCUUGUCCAGCAGUACCAACAAGAAGUUUAAAAAGAAAUCCAAGAAGCACAAAGAAAAGGGUCGAGAGCGGGAGAAAGGGAAACGGACGGAAAAAAGUAGCAGAAGUCCUCCCAGUGUAGCAGAGCAGGCCGAAGACACUCAUAAGGCCAAAAAGAAGCGCAGUGCAGAAGAGAACUGCGAAGUUAUCGACAAAAAUACUCCCAAAGAUCAAGGCCCUUCAGAUAAAGAGAAACCAGCCCCAGCCCCCGAGUUCGCCCCCACCAUUGCGACGCCAGACUAUGUAGUGAAGUACAUGCCCAUGGUGUCCAUGGACCAGCGGCAAAGCUACAAGGACGACUUUAACGCAGAGUACGAAGAGUAUCGCCAGCUACACGCCCGCGUGGAGAACAUCACCCGCCGCUUCACCGAGCUGGAUUCCAAGUGCCGGAAACUGGCCCCCGGCACCAAAGAAUACCAGAAGGUGCAAGAAGAAGUCGUGAAAGAGUACAAAAAGAUGAAACAACACAGCCCCAACUACCAAGAGGAGAAACAGCGCUGCGAGUACCUGCACAAUAAGUUGGCCCACAUCAAGCGGCUGAUCGCUGAUUUUGACCAGCGCAGAUCUCAGGCCUGGUGCUGAGGUCACCGCUCGCCGCCGCUCCGCUAAUCAGUAUUGAGAAAGGAGUGUCGAACCGGGAGGGUGUCUCCAACUGGCUGUUAUUUAUGAACACACCUUCAGUUACUGGCUCUACUACAGCGCCCCCCCCCCCCUCCUCCUAUCAUCCUUUUUCAUUCCUACUAGCUACUUUUUUUUCCUCCUAUUUUUUGAUUCCACUGGCUUCAUUGUUGCCUGCGAUCUUGGAAAUCUCACUUUAUUACUGACUUUACCCCCAUCUUUUGCUUUCUCUAAGUUUCUUCUGAAUGGGCUCCUGUGGAAUUUCAUACCACUGGUCCAGUGGAAGAUUAUGCCUGCAUGUGUGAAGGGGUUUGGGGGGGUAAACCGUCAACUCUUUGAAGGACUUUAUCUUCAGGCAAAAAAAGAACAAAAAAAGUAUUUUUGAGCAUCAGAAAAUAUUAACUUGUAUUUAAGUAAAAAAAAAAAAAAAAGAGGGAGAUCUAUUUAUUUUGGGACUCGUAGUGCAAAGAGUCCGCAGAUGAUAUAUUGUUUAACUUUUGUUGAAAACAAUGCAAAAAAAUUACCGCGGGCCUUAUGUGUUUUGACUUUGAAGCCAUUUUGCACGCAAGAUCCAUUAUGUAAUCUCAUUUGGCAAAGAUCUCUCGCCCGCCUUGUUUCCACUCUUUUGAUGACAACUGUACUGGAUUACCUUGUUUCAACACAAUACUGCUGUUGAGGUUUAAGGCUGAAGGGAAAGGAAAUGAGACGAUCAGCAGAAAUCAAUUGAGCUGAUUGAGAUGCAACAGUACGUGUGCAUGAAUUGUAAAUUUAGUUGUAUUGGCCAUGUGUGGGUGAGGGUAACUCAAGGAUUAUGAUCCCCUGUCUGUAGGGGGCAGGAGUCCUUGCACCAACAGUGUUUAGUGUUCAUGGUGCAUUAUGGGUGCCUUAAGGUGUUUACACCCAGAAACGUCAAGUGAGGGCCGACCCUUUGGGUCUACAGGCUCCACAAAGGAACUAGAACUGCCUGGAAACAGGAUGUGCGUGUGUGUGUGUGUCAGAGGUGAGUGAAGGAACGGAUGUCAAGUCUGAAAGGAGCGUUACAAAGUUUGUGUGUGUGUACGGUUGUGCAUUAUGUGGAAUGACCGGUGUAAAAAAAAGAAAUUUAAAAAAAAUCGAAAAACUGGAAACGUGAAGAAAAAGUGAGAAACGUGAAAAACACAAAAAAAGCUGCUAUAGUGUUCGACCAGCCAGAGCACUCAGGAUCAACCUGGCUGGAGUAACGGUACCUGAUCUUGAAUGAUGAGAUAUUGCCGAUCCUGAUCUUUCCGAAUGGUUCAUCUCUGAGACCCUGGUGAAGGCCCUCCUCUCCAGCUUUAUCCAGCGGCAGACGGCCUGUGUUCCUGUUUAUAGAAAGAAGCGACAAACCUGUCAUCCACCCGAGGGCAAGUCUGUAUUACAAUUUAAAAUGUAUUUGAUUCUCAGUUUUGAGUUCUGCAGAGCAGUGAAAGAUUUUCUUUUUCAACAUUGAUUUAUGGAUCAUGGAUUUAGUUUGAUGGACGGAUGAAUGGCUUCUUCGAAAAGUCUUUAUUUCAACAAGGGAAAAUUGUUUACAAACCUGUGUUAGAAUGUUUGCCAAAAAUGUAGUACGUUUCUGGUACUGCAUCCAUGGAGUAAAAUGUCUGAAUGGGGUUUCAUUUUAGGACAAAUGAAUACUGGAUUAUCUGUAUCAAUACAUGUUGGCAUAUGAGGAACAUCGAAGUCACUGACGCCACCAGGAGGAUCAACAACAGAGUGUUGACUCUGCUCUUGUGUUGCGUUCAGCUCCUUCUCAGUCUGAUUCAUAUAUUCAGCUAGUGUGGACGUGUAUGAAUCUGUGUCCUGUAUUGAAAAAUGUAGCCCCAUUUCUAACCCCCAGAAACUGAUAAGUAAAUAUCUAUUCUAUUUAGCAAAUAUUUUGGUUGUGGCACUUUGUCAAACGGUCGGUCUCUGCAGUAGACUGGCUGUCAUGUUCAGCUGUCAGAAUCAAUUCCUCCUAAUAACAGACUUGCGUCUCAAGUUAUUUUGGACAGAACAACAGCACUUGUAUCUUGGAUGUGUCACAACUGCGAAUAAAAAAAUGUCCACAAGAGUUGAGGCUCUACUUGAGAUGCAGACUUUGAGUGCUACCGGGUCAGUUUUAUUAUUUUUAUUUUAUCCCCUUACAAGGUUAAUUUCACAGACUUGGUAGUCCUAACAGGCAGCUCCAGCAAAUGAAUGAUGGAUGCGAGGGCUUUACUUGGAGCCUCCAGGGUGUUCGCCAUAAAGUGUGUCCUCUUCUCUGCCCUUUAUCAACAGCACAUUUACUUAAAUUAGGUCUGAUCAUUAUAAAUGGUUUGACGCAUCGUGGUGGGAGGAAGGAGGGGAGAGACCGAGAGGGAGAGAGGUUUGUUCUAGAGUCUUAAUGGGGACGUGACGGAGUUGAAAAAUACCCCUGCAGUGUUUUAGGUAUGAGAAACCACUUCAAGUGAACUUUGGUUGAAACCUGAUCCUGCCCAGCUGAAAAUGUACGAAACAUUUCAAUAAAAUUCUAUUUCGUUUCACCUGGAAAA